ACAUGAAUUAAUUCUAGUCUGAGUUUGCACAGCACAUUACACUGUGAAUUGUCCAACUGAGCCAAGUUCACUGUGGUUUACAUGGUGUCAUGCUUGGACAGCCAUGUGAGAAACAGAACUGAAGCAUAUCCAUGAUGCAAACUCUUAAUACUGUCUUCCUCGGGUUGGUAGCCUCUGGAUAUAUUUGAACUACAAUUCCCAAUGCUCUUAGCAUGUUGGAGUUUGUAGUCCCCCUCCAGCUGAACCAAGAAUAGAGUCAAAACCUUUUGAUUUCCUAAUCAUAGGUGACCAAUGAGCAUGCUAAGUGGUAUGUUUUGUUGUAAUUGCUAAGUUUUACCGUUGCUGGCAAAAUUAGUAUUCUACUGCACUCAGUUCUUAUUCUUUACACUCUGUUCUGAGCCUUCCCCAGCAGAUGGCCUUGUAGAUUUUUUUUAUAUAUAUAUUUCCUAUUUCCUGGAUUAGACAAGAGAAUCAGUUUGGGAGUCUGGAAGGUGUUAGUAGAGUUAAAAUUUGAUGAAUUUCUGUGGUUCUGUGACUCACAGAUUUUGGGAAAAUACAGUUACAGGGAGUCCUUUCAGCCUAUUUACCAGGGAGGGAAAAGCACAGCAGACUCUGCAGCAUUGGCUGUCAGCCUGACCCAGCGAAGAGAAUGGCAGGCUACUGCAGAAGUAAGACAAUUGAUUCCAUGCCAGGCAGUGCCUGUGAAAAUGGUGAGGCUUGGGCAGGAAAGAAGGACUGAAAGAUGCCUCUUGCACUCCAUAUGAUGAGAUCACUCUGCAGAAGAGGGUUCAGCCUGAAGCAGCCCCUCUGAUCGCACACCCUGCCUGAUAUUCCAAGCAAAGAAAUGCAGAUACAGCAUCUGGGAGAUCUGGAUGGACCUGUGCUGACUUUAGAUGCCGAAGCAACGGCCACCUCAGAAGGAGAAUCAGAAAGAAUGGUGAAUGAAAGAACUCAAAGCUCUGAUGGCCAGGCCAAACUUUCUGUGGUGGCAAAGAGGAACAGCGUCCAAGCAGUGUGCUUCAAAGACAGUGGUGACAGCGAUGAAGAAUCAAAUUCCUCUGAAGACGAAUUGAACACUUCACAGGUGGAGGUUUCUGUGCUUCAGAGGCUGGGCCUGCAUAGGACAUCUUUGACAGAGCAAGAUGUGGAGGCAGCUUUUGCACACUUAGCUUUGGCUUUACGCUGCGAUAUGUUUACCCUGAAACAGCGAGUACAGAUAGAAGAACGAGCACGGAACACAGCAGAAGAGAAUAUUCAGGAGGAGUUGGCCGAAUGUCAGGCAGUACUGCAGAAGUUGGAGCAGGCUUGCUUGAACCCCAGGCAUAAGGAACUGGUUGAACAUUUACAGAAUAGCCUAGCAAUUCUGACAAGAACAAUUGAAAGGGCAACAAGUGCAGCAGAGAAAUUAGGAGCUGUCCAUCAGGAGGCUCGGAUGAGUCGAGCUGCAGAACUGAUGGUGCAACAUGUGGAGAACCUGAAACGGCAUCACCUGAGGGAGCAUGCAGAGUUGGAGGAUAUGAAGAGGCUGAUCCAGCAGAAUUCCCGAAACUGGCAGUUAACUGAAAAUAAGGAUGAUGGUGAACAGAGACUGAAAUAUCCUCUAGCACGAUUUUUUCACCAGGGCUCAGCUCGGCGUCGAGUCAGCAUUGCAGUUGUACCCAGGCAGCUAACGUUCCAUAGCUCUGAAAAUGAGGAAGGCCUUGAGGGAGAAGUGGUUAAGCCAUCAAUUGACAAAGAUGAAGGUUCACAAAGACAGUCCCAUUUCUCCCAAGAAGACCCUGCAGAGAAUCACGUGAUCCUGCAUCCAAGCCCCUCCAGCUUCUCACAGCAAAGCUUGCAAGCAGCAAAUAGUAGCAGAGAAAGAAGCCAUUGUGCAGAAGGGAGAGAGUCAGAACUUAGGAGCAGAAGCCACAUUAGCAAAAGUUUAGAAAAUCUCAUUGAAGGAUUGGGUACUGAAGAGGCAAACAAGGAAUGUGAAGAAUUGGAAGAAAAUGCUUUGCUGGUCAAAAGAUCUAAAUUGGAGAUUUGCAGAGCCUGGUUUUCUGUACCCGUUUACUACUGGGUUUCAUUAUGGAUGUUUUUCUUGGGGAUUGCUUGCCUUGUUCUAAUCUGGAUCCUGGAGCUGCAGAAGCAAUGUUCAUUUACAGCCUCUGAUUGUUAGACACAAAAGGCACAUACAUUGGCAUCAUCAGACUUUACUUAUGGAAAAAUAAAAAAAGGAAAACAGUAUGGACGUCAGUUUGUGAUCAGUGUGCCCUAAGGGCCUAAGACAUAUUUCUACUCAGUCCGACCAGGCCUUACAAUAUGGUCCCACCCUGCUGAAAUGUCCUGGAAAACUUCACAAAUAGUUAUGUAUUUGAAUGAAUUCAGGUAUGAAUUUUUCUGAAGGUGAUAUAGUUUUAGCUCGGUAAGUAUAGUACCUUUGCUAAGAGAUACUUUAAUAAUGGGCUAAUGCUUACAACUCUUUAUUAAUAUAUGCAUAUAUAAUGUGAAUAAUUGUCAUUGCCUAAAAGGGGGGUGUUGUUGGGUUUUUAACAGGGAGGUUUUUUUGUAUUCAAGAUUGUAAAAAUAUGUAAUUGUAUACAUUACUGUCCUGGGAUUAAAAGAAUCCUUGAAAUGGAA